AUGGACAAGAUGAUGAGAGCCUGCGACAUAAGACCUCCUCCGGGGCUGGCACACAGUUCUCCGGCCAGAGUGACCCGCAACAAGUGGCGUGUGCUGAAGCUCCGUGUUCGCCAAGCUGUCUCGAGGGCAUUGGCAAGAAGUUCUGCUCCGGAAGUCAUUCCGAGGGUGUCGCGCGACUCGGCCGGCGGCUUGACCACCUUGCGUGAUAGUGAUGGGGAGACACAGCCCGCGGCAGCGGCUUAUGGUUCUUUUCUCUCACAGUUUUUGAAGACAUCUUCUUUGGCUCUUGCACGCUCUUUCCGCACACUGAGCGAGACUGGCGAGCGGAAGGCGUGGCCGCCAGGUCUGGCUUGCAACCCCGAGAACGAGGAUGCGCAUCUGGUGACAGCGAACUUGUGUCUUACAGCUUUGAACCACUUGGAGCAAGGCAUGCCCAAGAGUGGCCUUAGCAGCGGUGCUUCUUUGGGACCCUCCGAGAGCCAGAAGUCUGUCCAAACGCACGUCUGCGGAAGGGUGCAUCUGUUCCUUUCGCGUUUGCAGGAAGGACUGGCUGGUGCGUUCUGCUGGCAUGGAGCUUUCAGCAAGUUGGAGGCACGCGAAAGGAGCGCUGUCGCUGUGCCGCUGCUCGGUGAUAGCGUGGACCUGCCUGUGUGUGCUGCAACCUGUGACCCUGAAAAACUGGUGCCCGCAGAGCUGUGGUCCAAGGUUUCAGCGCCUGGGGCCAUUUUUGGUUCCACACUUACCUCCACCCAGACUCCGGCUGCCUCUUCCAACAGUCAAGACCGCCGCGAGUACUUGGUUCUCACAGGAAGAGAGCUGCGCUGUGGAAAGCUGCGCCUCCGGUCAGAAGUUCGUGGCGUGGCAAAAGUCUUUGCGGUUCCAAAGUCGGACCGGACCCGGCAGCGCAAGAUCUGGGACGGCUCGCACCUCUCCGAGAUUGCAAGCAAGCCGCCCAAACCGGAAAGGCUGGCUAAUCCCAGCUCUUUUUUGGACAUCUUUGUUCGGCCGGGGGAGCAGCUCUACAUGUCCAAGAGGGAUGCAAGCACGUACUUUGACUUGUUGGCUGCCCCACCCGAUCUGCAGGCAUGGUUUGGACAGGAACCCGUCACUGUCCAGGAGCUUAGCGCCGCUGCUGGCAUGGAUAUUGAAGAAGUUUAUUCCUUUGUCGAUGAUGUAAACGGUCAGAAAGCUCUUGGGCCCGACUCGGUGCUUUUUCCUGUCAACACAGCAUGGCCCAUGGGUUUCAGCUGGUCCUCGUGCGUCGCGCAAGGGAGUACACUAGGCAUGCUGCGCUGCGCCGGCGUCAACGAACAGAACGUUUUGAGUUUGGACCACCGUCUGCCAGAAUCGCAAAGGGAACUCUGUGCUGUCGCGACUGAUGAUGUGAUCCUUUUCCACAGAUGCAAACGUCAAGGGAUAUCCACAUUGAGAAGACUUGACGCCAGCUUUGCGCUUCAUGGAAUCCAACGCAACGAGAAGAAGGACGUGACGCUGGCCUCUAGUUUAACGGGUCUUGGUUGUGAUAUCAGUGCGUCGCCACCCAUGGUGCAGCCUGCCUGUGGUAAGCAAGCGCGACUUGUGCUUGCAACAUGCGAUUUGCUGGUUUCCGAGAGGGGAAUGUUCAGCAUCUUCUCGCAAGUCUACAACUUCGUUCGGGAGCAGCCAGAGUCAGAAAAGCAGCGUGUUCCGGCUAGUGUGCUGGAUGAGCUGUUCGUGUCCUUAGCUUUGGCUCCGCUUCUGCCAGCAAGCCUGGAUCGUGAAUUUCUUCCGGAAGUCUUGGCGUGUGACGCUGCUCCAGAGUUUGGCUUCGGCGUGACCUUGGCUCAGUGUGGAAAGCACCUGGCAGAGAAAGUGGGCAGGCUGUCAGAGCGCAGAGGAGACUACGUCAGGCUGGAGCACUCAGCGGAAGACCCACCCGAAGUUGAGCGCCUGGGCACGCUUCACCGGCUGCCUCUCAAGAAGACGGACUUCAAGCAGCUGAUUUCGUGCAAAGCAAGAUGGGCAGGAGGCAUCACCACCGUGCUGUCCUCCUAG